UGUCUAGGUUACAUUAUAUGUUGAAGAGCUAGGAAACUAUACUCAAACAUAACCAAAACUUGAAAAAAUAGGAAGAUAUAAUCAAAUAUGGCCACACUUAUUGCUACCACUCAGCAUUCACCUGUUGCAGAUGCAGAAGCUCUUCGAAAUGCUUUUCAAGGAUGGGGGACUGAUGAGAAGACUGUGAUAGCAAUAUUGGGUCAUAGAAGUGUUCAUCAGAGGCAGCAAAUCAGAAAGGCUUAUGAGGAGCUUUACCAAGAGGAUAUCAUCAAACGCCUCGAGUCGGAGCUCUCUGGUGACAUUGAGAAAGCUGUGUAUCGCUGGAUGCUGGAACCUACCGAUCGCGAUGCUGUUCUAGCCAAUGUGGCCAUCAAGAGUGGCGGCAAAGGGUACAAUGUGAUUGUGGAAAUUGCUACUGUCCUUUCACCUGAAGAGGUCUUGGCUGUUAGGCGCGCCUAUCACAACCGCUACAAGCGUUCCUUAGAAGAAGAUGUAGCUGCUCACACCACCGGUGAUCUUCGCCAGCUAUUGGUUGGGUUGGUGAGCUCAUUUAGGUAUGGAGGAGAUGAGAUCAAUGCAAGAUUGGCAAAAACUGAAGCUGAUAUUCUUCAUGAAUCUAUCAAGCAGAAAAAGGGCAACAAUGAAGAAGCCAUCAGGAUCCUUACCACAAGGAGCAAGACCCAACUUGUGGCCACUUUCAACCGCUACAGAGAUGACCAUGGCAUUUCCAUAACUAAGAAAUUGUUGGACAAUGCAUCUGAUGACUUCCAUAAGGCAUUGCAUACGGCUAUUCGCUGCAUCAAUGACCACCAGAAGUACUAUGAAAAGGUUCUGCGCAAUGCACUGAAAAGGGUUGGAAGUGAUGAGGAUGGACUGACCCGCGUGGUGGUGACAAGGGCUGAGAAGGACCUGAAGGAAAUCAAAGAGCUGUACUAUAAGAGGAACAGUGUUCAUCUUGAGGAUGCAGUGGCCAAGGAACUCUCAGGGGACUACAAGAAGUUCAUCCUCACCUUGUUGGGGAAGCAAGAUUGAAGUAAUUAAUUGGUCUUGCUAAGGGAAAGUCUUGUCAUGGAUUCUGGUUAUGUUGGUUUCUUGUAGAUUGGUCUGGUUAAUUUCCCUAUUUAGAGUGUGUUUUCAUGAGUCCUGUCUUGUUUAUCAUCUGUUUUGUGAGACUAUAUAAACUUCUGUCUUAAUUAAUGACUAUAUUUGAUGUUUAA